AUGUCACAGAUAGAUUCUCUUGCCCGGAGCCGCAAGCGUGUCUUCAACUCUGUGUUCGCGCCCAUCAAACUCACUGAAAAUGCUCCCACUCCCCUAGCAACCCCGGCACUUGGGUCUAGUGCGCCAGGCCAGCCAUUUGGCUCAGCGAUAUUAUCAAAGGCGACGGUUUCCGAAGCGCUGGAACCAGAAGCCAUCAUUUGGAGUCGAGCUUGGCAUUCAGCGACCGAGUUUCUUCAAUUUCCUGAUAGAGUCUUCGAUACUCCUACUAGCUAUCUUGAAUAUGCUGAAUCACAUCAACAAUUGAAAGACACCACAUCUGAGGCGAAGAGCGCUUUGACCUUUCUGCUCUCUUCGUCUUCUCACGACAGGGUUCUGCACCAAGGUCUUAAGGAGUAUGAUUUAAUUUCCUGGUAUUGCAAUGAAAUUCGACGUCAUUUUGUUACCAACCUGGAAGUUAUGCUAUGCACUACCUUGAAGAAAGGAAUUGAGGAUCAUCCUUUGGCACAAACGGUGCGCUGUCUACGAUUGGCCCAGCAGAAAUAUUUCACACCCUUUCUGACUCAUGUGGUGCCGAAAUUAAAUCCUGCAGAACGCGAAACUUCCUUUUCUAGGUUACGGGAAAGUUUCAAAACUAUCGUUGUGCACUCGCUGCCGUCGAAACGCAUAUCGGAUCUACUAGAAUUAACAUUCCGGGAAACUGUUGUUGAUAUUCUAGGAAUCUCGCAGGCGAGAAAUGAUCAAGCGAACGACUCUGAAUCGAAUGAUAUGGAGAUCGACGAACAAUACUCAAUCACUUAUCGAUUGUGGAAAAAUAUAUCAUCAGAGUCUGCUCGCCAUCAGAUUAUGACGGAAUAUGACGAUAGUAAGAUGGACCAAUCCAGGCAUAGCCUCCUUUCUUUAUUACAUGAUAUGAACGACUAUGGUCUCGGUGGUCACCGAGCACAAAAGGUAUUCGCUCAGGUCAUGAAUGACAUGAUGACCGAAUUCAUUAUUGUGAGCUAUAAAGAACAAUGGGAUACACCCUCUCUUGUUAAGAAGCAUUUAUGUUUAUGGGUUGAAAACAUAUUUGCAAGGCUGGCUGUUGAAGUGCUGGAAAUCCUACAGUUGUCCAUCUCAGAUGACUCUGUUGAUGAUUUGGUUGAGGUCCGUCUUGGUGAUGUUGAAAAAUGGCAGGAGAUUGGCUUGGCUCGUCUGGGCGCUCUACGCACCAGUGAACUAUUUGAUGUGAUUGUUGAUUGGGAUUCAAGUCGUGGCGCUAUUGAAGACCUUAAACAGUAUACGACACAUACCGCCUCUAGGUUUUCAUUGUCGACUGCAUUCGUCGGCACGCUCACCCAGCGCUUAUUGCACCCAGGAGCAUCUACAGCGGAAAUAUUGCAGCUCUAUAUCUCGAUCAUACGAGCGUUCAGCCUGUUGGAUCCAAAAGGCGUUCUCCUGGAUCGGGCGGCUCGACCCAUCAGAAAAUAUCUUCGAGACCGUGACGACACAGUCCAGGCAAUUGUUGGGGGCCUCUUGGCAGACCCAUCUGAUGCCGAUAAUGCGGAUAAUAGCGAGACUUUGGUAGAGCUUGCAACAGAGCUCACCAAUGCCCAUCAGCGGAAUCUGCAGAAUGAUUCCGGCGAGCUUGAUUGGGAUGAUAUGAGCUGGAUGCCCGAUCCCAUUGAUGCCGCUGCAGACUACAAGAAAUCCAAGGGUGCGGAUGUGGUGGGUAGUCUGAUUAGUCUCUUCGAUUCAAAGGAGGCGUUUGUGAAAGAACUUCAGAGUAUGUUAUCAGAACGGUUGCUUAAGAAAAAAGCAAACUUUGAUCAGGAACUAUCGGUGUUGGAGUUGUUGAAAGUGCGAUUCGGUGAUGGUGCGCUGCAAGCUUGCGAAGUCAUGCUCCGCGACGUUCUGGAUUCGAAGCGGGUUGACGCUGUGAUUCGAAAUGACCAAGAACUAGCCGGAAAGCCACUACCUGCUUGGGGCGCAGCUGCUCCGGCGCAGAAGAGCUACAACAUCCCGCAGUUGCAUUCCAAGAUCCUCUCGCGGUUUUUCUGGCCAGCUAUCCAAGAUCAGCCAUUCGAUGUACCCGAGGAGAUCAAAGCAUUACAACAACGUUACUCUGCUGGUUUUGAGGCAUUGAAACAAUCUCGCAAAUUAUCCUGGCUUAAUGUUCUGGGGCACGUCACUGUCGAGUUAGACCUGGAAGAUCGAGUUUUUACAGAUGAAGUCACAACAUGGCAGGCUACGGUGAUAUAUGCCUUUCAGUCUGGGCCUAGUUCUGACGAUGCACCCGUCACGAAGACUGUUACCGAACUCGCCGAGACGUUGAGAAUGUCUGCUUCUUUAGUACGCAGCGCUUGCUUGUUCUGGGUAAGCAAGCGUAUCUUGACUGAGAUUCAGCGAGACUCUUUCCGUGUUCUUGAAGUGCUUCCUAACGACGGAGAUCAUGAAAUGACUACUAGCGGCGACCAAGAAGCCGCUGGUCCAUCUACCACAGAAGCUGAUGCCGCCGCAGCUGCCGCAGCCGCUGCAGCAAAGGAAACAGCGAAUGCUGCCGCGAUGGAGAAGAUGAAUCUGUACUGGCAAUUCAUUGUGGGAAUGUUGACGAACCAAGGUGCUAUGCCUUUGCAGAGGAUUAUCAUGAUGCUCAAGAUUGCAGUACCUGGUGGCUUUCCUUUUGGCAAUGAAGAGCUCCGGGAAUUUCUUGCGGGCAUGGUUGCGCAGGGGAAAUUGGAGAUUAUUCCGAAGCUAUAUGAGACCCUUGUCUGCACAUCCGACGUAAUAUUUCACAUUUUGUUGACGGAUACAUAUAGUCAGACAAAAACAAAAAACCACAGGAUGACUCAGCCUGAGUCCGAUCUGCAUGAUGCAGAUGUUUCUGCUAGCAGACCAAAUGCUGAUGCUACCAACGAGAAGUCGGAUGCAGUAGUUGCUGGCGACGUUGAAGCACUGGGAGAGGAAGCGCGCUCGAUAGAUGCGCAAUUUCAUGCGCGCGUUUUGCGCAAGAUUGAUUGUGUCUUGAUGCCUGCUAUGCUUGUUGGUUAUGGAUUGGUUUAUUGGGAUAAGGCAAUUCUAGGAAGUGCCGCUCUCUUCGGCAUGACAAGUGACCUACACCUCACUGUGACCAACACUUCCGUGAGCCCACCCGUAACAAGCACGUCGAGAUUGAGUUGGGCAACGUCAAUCUUCUACUUUGGUCAACUUGCUGGGUCAUAUCCCAUGGCGUACACGGUGCAGCACUUUACUACUCGUAAUGUCUUGUGUCCCGCGGUGAUCAUCUGGGGUAUCAUUUGCGCAGCUACUGCCGGCGUUACUUCAUGGCAGGGUUUGUUGGUGCAGCGAUUUUUCCUUGGCUUCACUGAAUCCAUCAUCCCGACCGCAUUCAUGACCAUGGUCAGCGGCUACUACACUCAACGCGAACAAGCCCUCCGUCAAAGCUGGUGGUUCUCCGCCACAGGCUGGUUCACCAUCAUCGGCGGCGGGCUCAACUAUGGCUUUGCACAGGUGAAGGGGGGCAGUUUGGCUCCCUGGCAAUACAUUUACAUCUUUGCUGGAUUUAUCACCGCACUGUUCGGAAUAUGGGCUUAUUUCUUGCCCAAUUCGCCCGCUGAUGCGUGGUUUUUGGCGCCCGAGGAACGCAUUGCGGCGGUUGAGCGAUUGAGGGCUGGACAGACGGGUGUGAAGAAUACUACUUUCAAAGCUGAGCAUGUCAAGGAGGCGCUUUUGGAUAUUAAGAUUUGGCUUGUUGCGAUUACGAUGGCGGCUGCAUACACCGUCAACGGCGCAGUCUCAGGUUUCGGCCCCCUCAUAGUCUCUACAUUUGGCUACUCCACCCUCGACAGCAUCCUCUUCCAAUUCCCUCUCGGCGGUCUUUCAGCCUUCGGAAUCAUAUUCAGCGGCUGGCUAUGCUCACGCUACCGCAAUAUCCGCGCCAUCUCUCUUGUUUUGUGCUGCUUGCCCGUCAUCGCCGGUUUUGUGAUGAUCUGGAAAUCUUUCUGGGGCCACAAGCCCGUUACCCCUGUCGCAGGCUAUUCGUUGCUUGGAUUCUUUGGGCCCGUGGUCAGUUUGACAAUCUCGUUAGGAGCGAGCAAUGUUGCCGGUGAGACCAAGAAGAGUUUUAUGGCUGCCGCGGUGUUUGUUGCGUAUUGUGUUGGAAAUAUUAUUGGGCCGCAGUUGGUGAAGAGUCAGACCAAGGCGCAGCAUUAUCCUGAGCUAUGGACUGGGUUGAUUAUUUGCUACUGUAUUACGAUAGUCUCCGCGUCUACCCUAUACUUUGUGCUUCGUCGCGAAAACAAAAAGCGCGAGAGCAUCACGGUCGAUGAGCGUGAGCGAGACAGACUUGCUUUCAAGGAUUUGACGGACAAACAGAACCCGUACUUUAGAUACGUUCUGUAA